CCUCUAGGCACUUUCUCCACUAUCACAAGUUCACAACACCAUAGGGAUUAUCCCCACCGUUAGGAAUGCGAUCAUCGCUUGUAGAGCACCUCAGCUUCACUUCACUCUCUCUGCAAUCCUGUCCGGGAGGGGCGUUCUACUGCCAAGACCAACCGAAGGUUCCCUAGAUAUCUACUCGUAACUAUCCAGCUAUCCAAGCUCCAUAAAAGUCAAUCUUGUUUUACACACAUAAGCUUACCCUAUCGUCUUAAGCUUUUCCUCUGCUUGGGUCAAGUGUGUCCUGUCUUCGUCUCCUACUCAGUCUACUUUCUUAUCCUUCUAGUGUUGAACUGCGUUGAAGGCCAUAGUCGAUAGAUUCCGGCUCAUCCAACAACAUGAAAGGUGCGGAUGAUUCCACGCCUCGGUACCAACCACCAUUGCUGAUAUAGUGUCAGCAAUUCUUCAACGGGUUCUGUCUGCCUCUGUCACAGUUGACAAGCAACUCGUAUCCUCAAUAGGAAAAGGCGUGCUGGUCUUUGCAGCGGUAGCCCCCGGGGAUACAGAGAAAGACGUUGAAACCCUGGCUGCAAAGGUUCUCAAGAUGCGUCUGGUAAGGGCUCGAGUCAUGGAUUGACAUUUCUCAGAUGGUUCUCUAUCAUCUUCUCGCUUGACAAUUACUCGUGCGCCACCUGUUCUGUUGACAUUUGUGCUGACUUUGCAAUCGAUAAGUGGGAUGACGAAGUAGGAGGUCGAGUAAGCUUUUCCAGGCGCAAAACGGAAGUGUUCUGACGACUGGUACGAGUAGUGGAAGCAUAAUGUGCAAGAUAUUGGUGGAGAGAUUCUAUGUGGUAUUUUGCCUCAUUAACCUCGAGGAUUUCUUCUGAAUCUCUAUUUCUAGUCUCUCAAUUUACACUGCUGGCGUCAACCAAAAAAGGAUCAAAGCCUGAUUUCCACGGAGCGCUGGGUGGUGACAAGGCCAAGGAGCUGUACCAACUAUUUGUUGAAAAGGUUCAAAAAGGUUAUGUCAAGGAAAGGGUAAGAGAUGGAGUUUUUCAAGCAAUGAUGGUACUGUAGAACUCUAUCUUGCUUGCUGAUAACCGGGCUGAUCUUUCCUAGGAAGUGGCAUUGGUCAACGAUGGACCAGUAAGUAUUGUCAUCACGUAUCUCUCUGAGUUCUUCGCUAACCAAUUCAAGGUCACUCUGGAAAUGUCUGCAGGACCAAGUGGAGAGAAACCCGAAAAGAAGUGA